UCUUCGAGUGCCGUCCAGGACACCCAAGUGGCACUCUCGCUUAAGGCACUCGACCGUGAGCUUAAGACAUCCUUCCAAAAUGUUGCGUAGAAGCGGUUCCUGGUUAAUGGUGUUCCUGGUCAUCGGAAUCUGGUCCUUAGUGGAGGCUGAGGACGCGGCGCAAACGGCAGCAGAAAGGGUUGGCGGGACCUCCAGCCGGCUCGCUAAUCCUUGCGCGGGCGUGUGUGUCCAGCGAGAUAGCCUGGCGCAGUGCAGGAGGGCGGAGGGAGUCUGCGAGGAGGAGGGCAUGAGCUGCUGCCGUGAGGACGAGGACUCCCCGGGCGAAGCUCGGAGAAAUGAGAGAAAGACGAAGGAAUAUGAAAACGCACAAACAUUCGACACUCACAAGGCAUUGGAAGACAACGUUAUUCAAGAAACCUUACGGAGCCUUAGUAGAGAUGGCACCGUGCCUUGCAAGUGCCGUCACUCACCAGUGCCAGCGAACGAAUAUGCAGUUGAGAUGUCUUGCCCGGGACCCACCAAUAUCACGGGGAUGUACGGGUUCGUGGUGUCUCCAUCAUACCCCCUGAACUACGGGCACAACCAGGACUGCACGCUGGACGUCUGGUCGACCCACGGCACGCGCAUCGUCCUUACGUGGCUGGACUUCCACCUGGAGCCGUCGAGCCACUGCAAGAAGGACAGCGUCACGAUCACGGACUUCAGCGCUUCUGGCGAACCGAUUGGGAAGAGUACGCUCUGUGGCUGCGGCAUAACGGACCGCACGCUCUUCACCUCGAACCACGCGCGCCUCCACUUCCGAAGCGACGACCUCGGUGACUUCUGCGGGUUUGAGUUUCUUGGUACAGCAUAUAAGGUCGUCCCACGGGCCUCCUCCUCGCAUCUGUAUCCCAUGAUCUGGGACGUGUUACAAAAGGAAUCGAGACGUAGCUCCAAGGUAUGUAAAGCUCUCUGUGACUUCAGUGUCUACAUCACAAGCAUGAAUCAACUGAACAGGUUCUCUAAACAGGCUUCCAAAAUCUUGGAUCUAGGUCUUGAUCCAAGAGACCUAUAA